AAGAAGAAGAAGAAGAAGAAUAAAAGAGUAACCAACAUCCAGUCUAGUGCAGAUGAAAUUAAAUGUAUUGCACGUGUAGUCCCCAAAACAUUUAGUAGGUGGGCGGCUGUAUUUUAUUUGAACUAUGAGCGAGACACCUGCCAGCUCAAUGGACCUAACGUUAACUAUUAACACUGUACUUUAUUCAUUUUAGCUAGCUCCGAGUAAAGCUAACGUUAGCUAGCUAGCAACCAUCCGGUGGGGCUAACAGUCAACGCUCAUAUUUUCAACAAGCCGAGGCAACGUUCACCAACUAACGACCUAAAACCUAAAGCUCCAUCUGUCCUCCAUGGCGUCAUCAGAGGUCAGCAUGCAGGAAAUGGGCGACAUUGUGAUCGUCACCAUCCCAGAAACAGCGGCAGAGGACCUCCCCUCUGUGGUGGAGGAGGACAAAGCAGUGCUGGUGACGGCAGAGAUGACUCCUCAACCUGGGGAGGAAAUCCUCACAGUGGCACCGGUGGAAGAAGCAGAAGCUGAGGCCAGCGGAGCAGACUCGCUGUCGAGGGAAGAGGCUGUCAUUGUGAAGUUAUCUGAGGAGGUGGAUGUGGAAGCUGAUGUCUUCUACCCGAUCACCUGUGGAGACACCCGAGCCACGCUGGUCUGGAAGAAGUUUGUCUGCCCUGGGAUCAAUGUCAAAUGUGUCCAGUAUAAUGAGCAGCUCAUCAGCCCAAAGGAGUUUGUGUGUUUAGCAGGGAAAUCCACUCUGAAGGACUGGAAGAGAGCCAUCCGCCUCAACGGCACCAUGCUCAGGAAGAUCAUGGACUCGGGUGAGCUGGACUUCUACCAACAUUCAAAGGUCUGCUCCAACACGUGCCGCAGCACUAAGAUAGACCUGGUGGGAACCAAAGUGUCCAUCAGCAGCGAUCAGUCUGCCGAACUGGUUCCUGCCACCCCCUCGUCGGCUGAUUUGAACGGAGCAGCGGCCUCGUUUCCGGAGGUGGAGGAAACGUCAGAGUGGGUCACAGCCAUCGGAGAGGACUCUGUGGCGUUCUGGCGUGCGGUGAAGGAGGCUGGACUGCUGGAUGAGGUGGUGGAGGACUUCCAGAAGGAGCUGCAGGAGGUGCUGAAGGGGUUGCAGGAGAGAGUGUGUGACCCACCCCUUCAGGUCAAAGAUGCUGUUUUGCUCAACAACAUAGUGCAGAACUUUGGGAUGUUGGACCUAGUGAAGAAGGUCCUGGCCAGCCAUAAGAGCCAGAUGGACCGCUACAGAGAGCAGUACACUCGCAGCCUCGCCGCUCUGGAGCAGCAGUGUGACGAGCACAGGAAGCGAGCCAAAGAGCUGAAGAGCAAAUCGCAGCACCUCAACAACGUCCUGAUGACCCUCACCCCGGUCCCCGCGCCCCCUACGCCCAAGCGCCCGCGGCUGACCCGCGCCGUCUCCGGCCCGGCCUCGGUCAACGCCGCGCCCGCCCAGAUCGCGCUGCCUCUCAGCCAGCUGUCCGGCCUGCCGCUGGGCAAGGUGCUGACGGUGGCUGGAGCGCCGCCCGGCGCCGCCAACCUGGGCGGCUACACCUUCCUGACCUCCACGCUCUCCGGGUCCGAGCUGGCGUCCGACGGCUCUAACCUGACCGUGCUGUCGGCGGCGGCGGGUCAGGAGUGCGCGACCGGCGGCUCCCCCGCCUCGGCCUUCGUCAAAGUGGUCGGCCCUCAGUUCCAGCUGGUGACGCUGCCGGCCGGGCUGCAGAGCUUGGCCAUGGCGCAGUGCGGCGUCCAGCAGCAGGUCGGCAGCAUCGGCGUGAUGGAUGCCACCGCGAGCUCUGCAGACGAUUCUCAGGAGGAAGGCCAGGCUGUUGCUGACGGCGAUGAUGGCGGUCAGACAGAGCCGGCUAACGAGGGAGACGGGGAGCAGCCCGAGCAGCAGCAGUGAGGCAAACGCCAGCUGUUCUU